GGGAAAGUUUUUCUGGUGAGUGGGUUCUUCCGCAACUAAGUGAGUGAGAAUGAAAAUGUUGCAGGUGGCAAUAGUGCAAUUGGCUGCGUUGCAGGUUUUUGUUAUUUUUUUGAGUGGUGGUGCUGAUUACAUACCGCCUUCAAGGUUGGAUGGGUUCGUCUACCAAAAUGGGUACUUAGAUUUGGAUACUGUUUUGAUAGAAGCGUUUUAUGAUCCGGUGUGCCCAUACAGCAGGGAUUCAUGGCCUCCACUCAAACAAGCUCUUCAUCACUAUUCUUCUCGGGUUUCGUUCCUCCUUCAUCUCCUCCCUUUACCUUACCAUGACAAUGCUUUCGUCGCGACCCGUGCUUUGCACAUUGUGAACACAUUGAACGCAUCUGCAACGUUCCCCUUGCUGGAAUGGUUCUUCAAGCAUCAGGAGAAAUUUUACGGGGCCCAAACACGGAACUUAUCUAGGGCUUCUAUUGUAGAUGAGAUAGUGAAGUCUGCAACAGAAGCAGCUGGGAGCUCUUAUUAUAACGCCAUAAAGCAUGGCUUCAAUGACACAAAAACUGAUUAUCAGACCAGAGUUUCUUUCAAGUACGCUGCUUCGAGAGGGGUGUAUGGAACGCCUUCUUUCUAUGUCAAUGGAUUCUUGUUGCCUGAUACUGGAGCUACCGCUGACUACAAGACUUGGAGGAAGGUCAUUGAUCCAUUGGUUGGUGUGAAGAAGAGUAUCCAGAAUGAAGAGUCCCUUCGUUUCUUCUUGUAAAAAUUGUGGGAAUGUAAAGCCCAGUUGCAUUAGCACUUUAUCAUUGAAGGAAUCCAAAUAAAGAGUGUCUCGUAGCUGCUAGUGUCGAGAAUGCAAUAAUGGAAUCAACUGUUAUAAAACAUUCCUUAGUCCUUGCAUAUACAUAUGUGGCAUGGGUUGGAAAUUCGUAUA